AUGGCGGGCAGCAGCUCGUCGUCGCCAGCUCCCGCCGCGGCCAUCCCGCUGUCGAACGUGGAGGCGCAGUGGGAGAAGCUGAGCGGCGAGGAGCAGCUCGCGGUGCACCAGCAGCUCGAGCAGAUCCAGAAGAAGGACUGGAAGGAGCUGUCGAUUGACGAGAAGAAGGCUGCGUACUACGUCGCGUUCGGCCCCCAUGGUCCCCGUGCGCCCGUCAACCCGCCUGGCUCCGGCGUGAAGAUCCUGUUCGCGACCCUCGGUCUCAUCGGUACCACCGGCCUGCUCUACUACGCUCUCCGGCAAGUCUCGGUGAAGCCACCGAACACUAUGACGAGAGAAUGGCAGGAGGCGAGCAACGAGCGGGCGAAGGAGCAAAAGAUGAACCCUAUCUCUGGUAUUUCGUCGGAAGGGUACUCAGGCAAAGGCUUCGUCACCGUCAAAUAG